AUCACGAUCCGGGAGAUUCAUCGCUCGCGACUGUUCGCGGGAGGUCUUUUCUUCUUCUGAAAGAGUCUUUGACUCUUUUUUCUUCUUGGAACUUACUCCCUUUUUUAUCUCUUUUUGCCUCUCUCUCUCUCUCGUCGUUUUGCCUACAUAAUGCAUCUCGCGAUUAAUUAAGUGCUUGUGUCGUGGCUAUUUGUUGUGUUAUUGUUGGUGGUGGUGUUAACUGAACCGAGUUUAGAGUAUGACGAGAAGGCACACAUUAAUUGUGAAACUUAAGAGAUCUAGCACCGGUAGGCCAUGGGGCAUAAGGAUCGCCGGAGGCGCAGAUCUGGGCACGCCGAUUGUUGUCACCCGCUCGGAGAACGAGGCGCUCCAGAAGGGUGACAUGAUCAAGAAAAUUGACGAUUACGACGCGCGUGAUGUGAGGCAUGUAGACGCACAGAAUCUCCUCCAAAACUCCGAAACCAUAAAGCUAGUUAUCGAAAGGUCUGAGCCAUCGAGAGUAUCAUCACGUACAACCACCGACACUACCAUCACUACGUCACCAUCACCACCCACGAUUUUCAGGCCGAUCGUUGGAAACGGGGCUGCGGCCACUAGUCUAUACAAACAGCCGAAGGAGUAUCCGCAAGAAUUACCAAAGAGCCCAAUUCGGCCGCCUUCGGUCGAGGAGUACAGGUCAACGCCAACUCCGGAAUAUACUCUUCGCAGUACGAUUAUUACGCCGCAUGAACACCUCGACGAGAUUCGCGAGGAAAGAGUUCAUUUGUCGCAGCCCUACCGUACGACUCCUCUGGUCUUGCCAGGUGCCAAGGUCAAGAAGGAUGCCCCUAUCGGUGAAUGUUACCUACGACAUCAUCCGAAUCCGAUGAUCAGGGCAGCACCCCAUCAUUACGAACCAGCUCAUCCUGAAGUUGCUAUGAAACAAAAGAUUGUCCACAAGCAAUUCAACUCGCCGAUCGGACUUUAUUCGGAUCAAAACAUCGCAGACACUAUCAAGUGCCAAGCGUCCGCCGUACCCCUGAAGAAACCAGUCAAGUACGAUCCCAGCAAGAGCGAGGCGUACAAGGCCCUGCAAGAGGAGGAAUACGGGGAUCAGGUACAGGAAGUCAGACAGCCGGCUCGCACCGGUGUCUUCACGCCACAGAAAUCGAGCAGAGUAUACCAGGCUCCGCCCAAGAGUCCUGCAUAUAUAAACGUGCUCGAUGAUGAUGGCGAGAAGAUCCAUCAGAGCAACAGCUUCAAGAGGAUUAUGUACAGUGUGCUGGGGCAGACCGAAUUUUAAGCCGAACUGACGCUAUAAAUAUAUUACAUUGUUUAUUUAUAUUAUAAAUAAAUCUAUAUAUUUUAUUUAUUGUACUACGCAAAAAAAAAACGAGUGUCGAGCGUGUCCAGUUUAGGCAAUUAAAUUACAUUAUUGCACCAGCGAAGAUUUAGAAGCGCGAAUUUGACGGAAUUCUAGGUCUGUUCUUUUUCCAUCCCAAGUUCUGAACUGUUGUACACUGAUGUAAUAAAUUAGAGCGAGAUAGGUAUAGUUUGUUUCACUCUAACUUAUUGCACUAGUUCUUCGGAAAAGAACAUUUUCUACUUGAUAUUCAUUGCUUAUCCGAUGAAAUGCAGUGCCGUGUAUUUCUUAAGCGUAAUAAUAUUUACUUUAAUACGCGCUGUUAGUAGUACGUGGCUUGCAACAUUGCAUUCUACUCGAGAUUAAUACUUUUCGCUGGCUUGCACAAAAAUAGCUUACUCUUUUCUUUCCACAUAUUUCGAUGUAUCUAUUUUUUGACACUCUAUUUACACACUAUAUUAUACUUUUAACAUCACGCACAAUGAAAAAUUAAUUUUCACAAAUA